CACGGUCACAGUUCCCUACGAGACCGAGACGCGUUCAGUGCCGCCAGCUCAGACAGAGUACCACAUCGCACAACACCCCAACAAGGAUAUAGAGGAGCACCCACAGAGAAGGCAAGAACAAGCAAAAGAGCAAGAGAGAAAGAGGGCGUGCGAGAGAGAGUGAGUAAACGUUAGAUCAGUCACAGCAUGAAGCUUGAGAGACAAGCCACCGAUCCGCCGAAAUAUCUCAAUGAGGACUUCUUCAAGGCGGCACUCGAGGAUGGGCUCCGCGAUAUGCGCGUGGACAUCAAAAAGAUCAUAUUUGCCGAAUCGAGUGGUGGCGGUGAGAAUUACUGCAGCAAAAUCUAUCGGGCCAAGGCUCUAUAUAGGAGCAGCAAACGUCAGUUGGAUGAAGAGUUGGCGCUAAUUGUAAAGAGCAUUGCAAUCACACCUGCUACGCAAUUCCUGGAGGAAUUGGCCGUCUAUUUACGUGAGAAAAUCUUCUAUUUCGAUGUGCUUGGAAAGCUGGAGGUGCUCAUUGGCGAUGGCUCCAAGUUUGGCGCCAAGUGUCUCUACACAACCCGCGAGCCCAUACAGACAAUUGUCUUCGACGAUCUGACACAGUACGGCUACAAACUGGCGAGUCGCCAGAGCGGCCUCAACGAGGAGCACUGUGUUGUGAUAUUAAAAAAAUUGGGCAAGUUCCAUGCCAGCUCAAUGGUGCUGGCCGAGAAGACUAUUUCGACUUCGACCCUACAGGAGCCGACGGUGCGGGAGCAUUUUACGAGUGGCAUGCUCGACGAGAACUAUAUACGCACCAAUGAGCGUUUCAUCAACUUUAUGACCCUACAGUUAAGCACAUUGGCCAGCGUUGUGGCCAAGUGGCCGGGCUAUGAGCAGCUGGCCGAGAAACUCUAUCGUCACUGCGACAAUAUCAAAGAGAAUCUGGUGAUGACGGGUCGUCCCAUUCCGGGCGAGAUCACCGUCCUCAACCAUGGCGACCUCUGGGUCAACAAUUUUAUGUACAAAUACGAUGACGCGCAGCCAACUAGGCCCAUUGAUGCCAUUUUUGUGGACUUCCAAAACAGUUUCUUCGGCAGUCCCGGCUGCGACAUCAACUUCUUUUUGAACAGCAGCGUCCAGCUGGAUGUGCUGAUCAAUCGACGCGAGUACCUUAUACAGACAUAUUAUGAAUCGCUGCGCGACAGUCUGGAGCGCAUGCACUCCGAGUUCAUACCCACAUAUGAGGAUAUACAGCACGAGAUACGGGCACGUGAGCUGUACGGCUUCUUCUCUUCGUAUGCCUUUCUGCCCAUGGUCACCAUGAAGAAGGAGGACUCCUACGACAUUAGCAUAGAGGCACUCACCAAUCAGGACUUUGCCAAGAAGAAGGUGCAGCUUAUGUUCUCCUCCAAUCCACGAACCACAGAUACAUUGCGCUAUGCGCUUCGGCGAUUCGAUGAGCUGGGCAUCUUCGAUUGACCGCUCAUUACUGAAGCAGUUGCAGAAAUAUAUUUAUAUGUACUGUUUUUUUUUUCCUUACUUUUACGAUUUUUUGUAAUUAACUUAAGCGCACAUUUUUUACUAAUACAUGCCAAUUUUUUUUUCUAAGUGUA